AUGCACGACUUAAAGUCGCCCUCAGCUCAAUACCCACAAUUAACACUGCUUGUUGGAAGGAAACAUAAGAAUGCCGCUCUACGGCAGCUAUGCAAAGGCAGAUACCGCUCCAGUGAUCAACUUUCUGCCCUCAGUCUCCGAGUUGAUGAUCACUCAAGACAGUCCGACCACCCUCGGUUGUUUGUGGAUAUUGACUUAAGCCAGCGCCGCAUUUUGCCUGCGUUCAACAGUUUUAAGCUAUGCCACCGACACGAGACCAUACCAGUCAACUGGAACGGGUUGUCGCACUGGGAUCCAUAUGAUGUCAUCCUCUCGCGACUCCUGUUUCUCUUUUGCGAUGUGGUCUGUAUCUUUGCUGAUGAUAUAGGCGGCCUGGAGGCGGUUCGGUCGCUGCUGCAGACCUGGGUGUCUAUUGGAUCUGCCUCAAGCCUACCCCGAUGCAUUCGCCCACGAGUGAUUAUUGUAAAGGGCGUUUCACACUGCGAGAGCGUAACCGAAAGGCUACUCCAUGAGGAUGAUUUUCUCUUGGAUAUCUUGGACUAUCAAAACGUUCCCCCACUCUUCUCCUGUUUCGCAAAUGUCAGUGUGUCCUGCAUGCAAUCCAGCGAACUGUCGGCUGAAGCUCGGUAUCUGCAACUAGGCGCUGACAUCCGGGAGGAGCUAUACAAAGCACGCCAAGCACGGGAGGCUAGACGACUGAUGUUCUCUGCACUGGACUUAGAUUGCCUCUUCAUGGAUGCACUACGGGAAUUUGCGACCGACGCUCUCAGUCCAUUUGACUUCCUGCAAUCGUCAAGGAAAGGCAACCAACUCUCCGGAUCUUUUGUCUCGCACCUAUCUGCGUUUUUUUCAGAAGGGCUUCGGCUACAUGUUUCAUAUGACAACAUGGCUUCAUAUGUAGCCUCCGCGAUAUUGAUGGACGCUUAUCCCCCGUCAAAACACGCAUUCUGUCCUCGUGCUUUAUUCCGCUCGCUCUACCGCAAACCUGUCUAUACGGCUUUGCAGCAUGUUUAUAACACACCUUCUUUCGCCAAGUCCCAGUGCCAGAUGAUUGAGGAUGACCUGGUUUCUUUAUUUGAAAUCAUGGCGGCCAGUGGUGAGUCUUCCUCGCAGCUGCAUCGAUACAACAUUGGCCACAAUGCAAGGUCCUGGAAGGCGCUUAAAUUGGAAUUCACCUGCACCUGGUGUCUGAGACAGUGCAAACAGCACCCUGUUCCGUGCGGACAUCUUAUUUGCGACAACUGUGUACAAAGGUACGGAGAGCAACUCAUUGGAUCUGAUGUUGAAUAUUUCAUCAAGGAUUGCAUUGCUUGCAGAGAACCCGCCUGCUUGAAGGUAAAAAUCAAGCCUGCAACCGCAGGCGUACGCGUGGUGAGCAUUGAUGGUGGUGGCGUGCGUGGCAUAAUCCCUCUGGAGAGCUUAGCAUCAAUACAAGCCCCCCUUGGUCAGGAUUUACCUUUGGCCAGCCUAGUGGAUUUCAUGAUUGGGACCAGCUCUGGUGGGAUAAGUGCGUUGGCUUUGGGGAUCUGCCAGAAUGAUGUGGUAGGCUGCAAGGCAGACUUCCUCCAGCUUGCACGAAAGGUUUUCCACCGAAAAUCAAACCAGCCCAAAGUGCGCCGCGUCUUUGGAACACUGUUAUCAGAUGGUGCUUAUGAGGCAAAGAGCACAGAUGAUGUCUUCAUUGGAUACUUUGGUCCAGCACUCCGGAUGUCGGAUACACCAAAAUCCAGAAUCAGUGGGUGUAAAGUGGCCGUCACAGCCAGCACAAUUGAUGAUGGGACACCUAUCUUGAUUACCAACUAUAACAGUGAAACGCCUCUGGGGAAAGGCCGUGGCUAUGGAUGCGUUCGGACAAAACCUGGAAAUGAGCCCCUUGUCUGGCAGGCCGGGCGAGCUACAUCCGCGGUUCCUGGGCUGUUCCCCUCUGUUAACAUUUCCGAAAUUGGGAACCUACAGGAUGGCGGCACACGUCCACAGAAUAAUAAUCCAAUACAUUUAGGUUUGUCGGAAGUGCGCCGUCUCUGGCCUACAACCCCAGAGCCAGAUGUGGUGAUUUCACUUGGUACAGGGUCCGAGUCAAUUGCACGGUCCCCCAAAGCAAUGACUUUUCGUAACAUCCUAAUGGAUGGGUUCAUUUCUCGGGGUUACCGCUCCCUCAACAGUUCAUAUGAUGGGGAGGAGACCUGGAGGCAGAUAUGGAACCUACUGGACGAGCCAACACGUACAAGGUAUAUCCGGGUCAAUUAUCCGUUCCCCGCAGGCGGUCCACCGGCAAUGAACAACACUGAGGCAAUAGAACCCCUGGGGCGCUGGGUACAGAAACAAUUAUCGCAAGGGAUCAAGCAGGCAGCGAUAAUGCUUCUGGUGUCCAGUUUCUACUUCGAAGUAGACAUUAUGCCUGAAUUUUACUCCGGUGGUUUUCACUGUCGUGGCUCAAUUCGAUGCCGUGCCCCGGCGCAUUCGGUCAUUAAGGCGCUAAAGGGUCUGUGUCCAGCACCAUUAUACUUCUUUAAGGAGAGUGUAAACUUAGGGUUGUGCUUAUCAGAGGAUGAUAUCUGUUACAAGUGCCGAAACUACAUCAGACCAGUCCGAUUCUUUGCGCGGGAUUUGAGAGAGGACAUCACUCUGUCAUUACAGUGUGGGGAAAGCCGAAAAUUGCUUAGCUCAUUUCCCAAUACCCUCCAGUGGUUCAUUGAUAUGCAAGGUCUGGAGCACAACUUUGGACAAGCACACCAUGAUAUUCCCUUCCGCAUUCAUUGCGACGAGUGUAACAGGAAAGCCGACCGCAUAGGGGGAGCCGGUGAAGGGAGGAAUAAGAGAAAGUAUGUAGAUAUAUAA